GAUCGCAAAGACACGAAAGCAGACGCAACAACACGAUAUCUUCAACAUAGGUAGGCAACAAGGCGUCCCGCCACACCAACAAUGGCUCGUGAGAACAAGGCACCUGCUGCUGGAUGGGCUCUGGGGAGGGGGUCUAGAACAAGUUCACAUGCGAGAAACGAUCCAAUGCAUCAUGGAACGUAGACCUAACCAGAUGGAAAGGCGAGAGAAUGGCCAAAAACGCGCAGGCGAGCUUCAGAUGACCCAGGUAGCCGAAGAUGCAUGGCUAGAGGAGAGAUGGAAAGAUGGAGCGGCCCUUCAAUGGGCAUCGGAGGCGGAGGAGCAAAUCCUAACAGCAAGCAGCAACGCACACGAGGCUACCACCGAUAGGUCAGUGCACUCAGCAUGGGUGGAAACCCACAAGAAGGACAACGCUCCAGGCAACAUCAUCUCUCAAAAUGUCAAUGGAUGCAGUCAAUUCGUGCUGAAACACAUCCUGGCAUAUUUGAUUGAGAAGUAUCAUCCAUCGAAUGUUUAUGACCAAUGGUACAGGGUUAGGGAGAAAGGGUAAGAGUGAUCUACGCCUUGUGAUACUGGCGCAUGCUGACCUUCUCCCGCGCCCCCCCUCCUCGCCAAAUGGUACAGCAUUGGAGGGGGCAC